UAUACUCAAGUUCUUAGAAUCCACUUAUAUUCCACCUUCCUAUAUAUUGGAGAUGGAAAAAGCUGCCAAGCAAGGAGACAUCAUUUUGGUGUCUGGAAUGAAAACGGGGAGUUGUAAAUUAAAAGCAAGAAUACAGGAAAGUGUCUAUAAGGAAGUACAACCUGCAGAAAUCAGAUUGCUUAUUUUGGAAAACAUCCUUUUCAGUCCAGCGUAUGACGUUUAUCUUCUGGUGGGAACAUCAAUUCAGUACAGAGUUCAGAAAAUAAGGCAAGGGAAGAUUACAGAAUUAACGAUGCCAUCUGAGCAGUACGAGCUGCAGCUACAGAACAACAUACCUGGUCCCAAGGCAGACCCAUCUUGGCCAGUUGCCAAGUUGGACCAGGCAACACUGGUGGUUACUGCAUUGUAUCAGGGACAAACCAACCUCGUCCUUAGGCACAAGAGUAUUCGCAUGCAGGGGGUUUCCAGGCUACCCAACAGCACCAUCUAUGUUGUAAAUCCUGAGUAUCUAGGAUUUACAGUUCAUCCAGGUGACAGAUGGGUCCUAGAAACAGGCAGACUUUAUGAAAUCACAAUUGAAGUGUAUGAUAAAUCAAGCAAUAAGGUGUAUUUAUCUGAUAGUAUCAGAAUUAAUACAAAGCUGUCCAAAGAAUAUUUUGAGGUGCUGAAGUCGUCUCUGAAUGGGUCGUAUCAUUAUGUGAAAGCAAUAAAGAAGGGUCAGACUGUUAUUGAUGCUGCACUGACAUCAGUAAUAGAUCAGGAUGGAGGGGUCCAUAUGUUAGCAGUUCCUGUACGAAAGCAGCAAGAUGUAGAAAUAUAUCUUCCCAUAGUUCUUACUCCCAGUAUUUUGACGUUUCCUUGGCAGCCAAAAGCAGGAGUCAACCAGCACCUCAUCCAGGCUCAAGGUGGAAGUGGAAAAUUCAGCUGGUUCUCUUCUAACCAGGCAGUUGCAACAGUGACAGCCAAAGGAGUAAUGGCAACUGGAAGUGACAUUGGCAUCAGUGUUAUUCGGGCAACUGAUGUUCAGAAUCCAUUGCAUUAUGGAGAAAUGAAGGUGUAUGUAGCUGAACCUAGUGGGAUGGAGUUCACACCAUGUCACGUUGAAGCACGUGUUGGCCAAAUAUUGGAGCUUCCCCUGAGGAUUCAUGGCCUCACAAAUGUUGAGACGGGCGAGAUGGCCCCACUGAGCGACUGCUCACACUUUGAUCUUGUUGUGGAAGUAGAAAACCAUAGUGUGUUUGUACCACUUCAAGGAAUGCUUAAGCCAACUGCUGAGUUUUGUAGUGGGGUCAGAGUGAAAGCAGAAACUCAAGGACACACAACACUUUUUGUUAGUUACACCCAUGGUCAUGUCCACCUCAGUGCUAGCAUCACCAUUGCUGCUUAUCCACCAUUAAAAACUGUUGAUCCUCCAUCUGCUGCUCUAGUGACUUUGGGUUCCUCCAGAGAUCUGUUGUUUGAAGGAGGACCUAGGCCAUGGGUACUAGAACCUUCCAAGUUCUUCAGGAACAUCACUGCUGAGGAUGCAGAAAGCAUUGGUCUGAUUUUAUUUGGACCUCCUACAUUACAAGAUCACACCCAGCACUGGGUCAGAGUAUCUUGCAAAAGCCUGGGAGAACAAGUUCUUACCCUAACAGUUGGAAACAACCCCACGACCACCAACCCUUUCCCAGCAGUUGAGCCUGCUGUUGUGGAGUUCAUCUGUGCUGUCCCUUCACAACUCACUUUGACUCCUGUUUGUGGAAGUCCUCAGUUUGAUCUCUCCUGCCCUUGGCUGAAGCAAAACAAACAAGUGAUUCCUGUUUCAAAUUAUCACAAUCCAGUAUUGGAGUUGGCUGCAUAUGACCAAGAGGGCAGUAAAUUUGAUAACUUCAGUUCUCUUACUGUUAUCUGGGAAUCAACAAAUAUAUCCUUAGCUAAUGUUGUGCCUGGUAUGCCAAUGAAGCUGACUCUGAAGGAAGAUGAAAUUGGUCAAAAGAAAAUGCACGGCUUGCAAACUGUUCAAGUUCACAAUGAGUCUGGAACAGCUGCCAUCUCUGCAACUGCAGCAGGAUACCAGCAAUCCCAUCUCAAGGCAGCUAAAGUUAAAACACCGUAUGAACCUCUUCUCCCAGUGUCUGCUACUAUUGAGCUCAUGCUAGUGGAAGAUAUAAAAGUGGACCCUACUGAUGUCUCCAUUUACAAUCACCCUGACAUACAGGCAGAACUUUUCAUCAAAGGAGGUUCUGGAUAUUUUUUCAUUAAUACCAGCAUUGCAAGUGUUAUAAGAGUAUCUUAUGAAGAAACUGAAGAUACUGCUUUGGUGCAUCCUCUCCUUCCAGGAUCAGUGACUGUAAUGAUUCAUGACCUGUGUUUGGCUUUCCCUGCACCAGCUAAAGCUGAAAUUCAUGUGUCUGAUAUACAGGAACUGUAUGUCCGUGUUGUUGACAAGGUGGAGAUUGGAAAAACAGUUAAAGCUUAUGUCAGAGUUCUGGAUGGCUCGAAGAAACCUUUCCUGGCAAAAUACUUUGACAUCAUGGAUCUAAAACUAUGGGCAGCACCUCAGAUUGUCUCACUUGUCCCACUCGGGGAAGCUCUGGAUGGCCACACUGCUGCUUUCCUGGUGCAGGGGAGGGCCCUGGGUCAGACCAGUCUUACAGCGACCAUUGCUGACAGAAGAGGACAGAGAAUAAACUCUGCUCCACAACAGAUUGAAGUAUUUCCCCCAUUUAAACUACUGCCAAGGAAAGUAACCCUAAUUACUGGGGCUGUGAUUCAGAUCACUUCAGAAGGAGGCCCUCAGCCUCGAUCCACCAUCACUUUCUCCAUCAGCAAUGAGAAGAUUGCAGCAGUGAACAGCACUGGGCUUGUCAGAGGACUGGCAGUUGGGAAUGGGAUGGUAACAGGAUCAGUGCAAGCUGUUGAUGCAGAGACAGGGGAGCUUGUCGUGGUGUCUCAGGACAAAGUGGAAGUUGAAGUAGUACAGCUGACAGCUGUUAGAAUUCAUGCACCAAUUACACGAAUGAAAAUGGGUACACAGAUGCCUGUUUAUGUGAUGGGCAUCACCAGCAGUCAGACUCCUUUCUCGUUCGGCAACGCAGCACCAGGAUUAACGUUCCAGUGGUCUGUCACAAAGAAGGAAACUCUGGAAAUCAAGUCAAGACACAGUGAGGCUUCUUUUCAGCUUCCUGCAAAACAUAACUUUGCAGUGAAUGUUUAUGGCAGAGUAAAGGGAAUAACAGGCCUGAAAGUUGUUGUGAAGGUCCUUGAUCCUGCGGCCAACCAGUUUUACAGCAUGGCAAGAGAACUGUCUGAUAAAAUCCAAAUUCAGGUGUUUGAAAAAUUUGGUUUAGUCACUCCAGAAGUAGAAGGAGAAGCAGAGCAGAUCUUAAUGUCACCAAAUUCCUUUCUUAAACUUCAGACAAACAGGGACCGAGAGGCUUCACUGAGUUACCGUGUUGUGGAUGGGCCAGAUGAAGUUCCUGUUGUAAAAAUUGAUGAGAGAGGUUUCCUCACCUCUGGGUCCUUAAUAGGGUCGUCAGCAAUUGAACUGGUCGCACAAGAAUCAUUUGGGAUCAAUCAGACCAUUGUACUGGCUGUUAAGGUCUGCCCCAUCUCAUACCUCAGAAUAUCCAUGGAUCCUAUUCUGCACAUGCAAAACAAGGAGGCAUUACAGGCUCUUCCUCUGGGUGUGACAGUGACAUUUACAGUUCAUUUCCAUGAUGACUCUGGAGAUGUUUUUCAUGCACACAAUUCUCUGCUCAACUUUGCAACAAACAGAGAUGACUGUGUACAGAUCAGGAAAGGAGCCACAAACAACACACUUGUCAUGCGGACUGUGAAUGAAGGUUUGACCUUGCUUAAAGUCUGGGAUGCAGAGCACAGUGGAACUGCAGAUUAUGUCCCACUUCCUGUGCAAGAUGCCACAUCUCCUGAAGUCAUGGAUGUGCUGGUCAGUGAUGUCCCCUGUUUGAGUGCUUCACUGAUAAACCAGGAAGGAGAUCUCAAUGCAUGUCUUUAG